GACAGAUAGAACGCUUCACCAAAGAACUAAAACCCGCCCACACUACAGGAAUGUCGUCUGUAUGGGAUGAUUUAGAUCUUCUCCUGGAGUCCCCCUCCUCUUUAACUGUAAAUUCAACAGCACGUGGCACAGUUAGAAAAACAGGAUUUAAUCCAGGCGAGGAUGCUGCUGAGUUAAGGACCAUUGAAGGCAUUGGCACAACUGAAAAGACUCUUAUUGACAUUCUGUGUCAAAGAAGCAAUGCCCAACGUCAGCUGAUCUGUAAAGCAUAUCAGGACAACACUGGCAGGUCUCUUUGUGAUGACUUGGAAGGUGACACACAUGGAGAUUUUGAAGAUAUUCUGGUGGCCCUGAUCACUCCUCCUGCCAAGUUUGACUGCCUGGAGUUCAAAACGGGCUAUAAAGUUUGAUUACAGGGUGCAGGUACAAAUGAGAGCUUGUUGAUAGAACUUGCUGGCUUCCCCGCUCCCAACUAUCAAAUCAAGGCCAUGCGUGACGCAUAUUUGGCUGAAACUGGAAGAAAUCUAAUUGAAGAUCUGAAAUCUGAGGUGUCCGGGGACUUUGAAAAGACCUUGUUGAACCUGGCUGAGGGCAAGAGGGAUGAAAGUACUAAUGUGGACAUGGCAAAAGCUAAAGCGGAUGCCAAGAUCUUGUAUGAGGCAGGAGAGAAAAAGUGGGGAACCGAUGAGAGCAAGUUCAUCGACAUCCUCUGCAACAGGAGCGUUGCUCAGCUGAGACAAACUCUGGUGGAGUAUAAGAGUCUGAGCGGAAGAACCCUUCAGGAAAGCAUUGAACGAGAGAUGUCUGGAUGUCUGGAGGAUAUUCUGGUGGCUAUAGUGAAAUGUGUGAAGAGCGUCCCAGCAUACCUUGCAGAGCGUCUGCAUAAAAGCAUGAAGGGCACUGGAACCACUGAAUCAACCUUAACCAGAAUCAUAGUGAGUCGAUCAGAGCACGACCUGCAGGACAUCAAAGCAGAAUACAAGAAGCUGUUUGGCUGCUCUUUGUACUCCGCCAUUGAGUCUGAAACAUCUGGAGAUUUCCGUAAAACCCUGCUGAAGAUCUGUGGUGAAGAUGGCAAAUGAAACUCAAGACAUCACUGCUGAAGUGCUUUAAUGUGAACAAAUGUCCGAAUGUAACUUUUACUAAAUGCUAUAAACCAAUCAUAAGAGCUUUAUGAACUAUAUUUCUUCAACUAACUUGAUUAAUAGAAAGCAAGUUUUCUUGGCUUUAGAAUAUUUUUAAUAUAAAGCAAUUUACAUUUUAGUAUCGAACAAAUCCAAAUGCAGAUUCUGACUGAAGAAUAAAUCAUUUCUCUGUUGUUUUAUUAAAUGUUAUAAACCAAUCAUAAGAGCUUUAUGACGUAUAUUUCUUCAACUAACUUGAUUAAUAGACAACAAGUUUUCUUGGUUUUAGCAUUUAUUUAAAAAUAUAAUGCAGAUUGCGUUUUAGUAUUGAACAAAUCAAAGUGUAGAUUCUCACUGAAUGACUGAAGAUUAAAACAUUUCUCUGUUUUGUUUUUGCCAACUUUGUGUUGCUUUGUUCCUCCACCAGCAGAUGGCAGUGAAGCAUUUUUAUAUACUGUGGAAAAGAAUAAAGAGACCACUUGAAAAGUC